AUGCAGUUUCGCCAAAAAGCCGUCUCAUUUUUUGCCAUUCCACUACUCCGCUUACAAACAAUAUUAUUCUUCUCUGUUCUGACAUAUCUAUUGAAUUGUCGAUUACGUAGCAUUAAAUGUCUCAUUUUCCGGUUAUCACAGACGCUGAGUCACGUUCGCAAUUUGCAUUGGAUAGUGGUGGAGGAUGGCAACGCGACCUCCAAUCCAGUUGAACGGCUUCUGCAACGAAGUUCUAUCCCUUACGUCUACAUCGCUACCAUCACAGCGCCCGGAAUGCCUAAACGGGGCUGGACGCAUCGCAACUUGGCCUUGCAAUACAUUAGGGAAAACUAUCGCUCGGACUUCGACGCACUGUUGUAUUUUGCCGACGACGACAAUUCCUACGAUGUCCGCCUUUUCGACAAUUACAUACGAAAAGUGAAGCGCCUAGGAAUCUGGCCAGUUGGUUCAGACAUCAUUUGCCGAUCUGAGAAACUGAAGAAAGCACUUUCAGGCUUGGUUGGCGGAGCAUGGGUGGAAUCUCCAAAAGUUGGAAGCAAUGGUAAGGUGGUGGGUUGGGAUGUCAUGUACGCACCGCGACGAGAAUUCGCCACCGAUAUGGCUGGGUUCGCAAUACACCUCAGAGAACUGUUCCGGGUUAAAAACGCGACGUUCAGCCAAGAGUGCGCCAAAACAGCAGGACUUGGACCGGAGUCGUGCUUCCUGACGCAGUUCGGAUUCAAGAAGCAUGAUGCCGAGCCGUUUGGAUACAACGAUUUUCCAAAAGACAUCUUGGUAUGGCACACGAAGACUAAAAAAUCGACCGGCUCAGGACCCACCAGAGGAUUCAUCAUCGAAUAG